AUGACUCCAACGAAUGGAAUUGACGAAUCCAGCAGGUCUGCUGCGGCCGACGACGACGGCACGGAUCAGAUCGGCUCAGACACUCCCCGCUCCGGUGUGGCUACACCGCAACCGGACCUCCACGACAAACGUUUGCCAGGCAUCAUGAGUUACUUCAAUCAGGUUCGUCCUGCAUCUUUUAAACGCCUGCUCUCAGGCAACUUCACUCUACCCUCGAGACCUUCCUCUGCCUCCUCCAACACCCCCAGCACUGCCAGCACAAGCACUGCCAAUUUUGCAAUUCCUGCAACCACCCCCAACUCUACCUCCGCACCUGCAUAUGCCUCUGCGCCGAAAGCCGCCGAAGAUGUCUUGCCGAGCAUGACGCCGUCACAAACACAGCCGCAACGACCACCAUCGCCGACGACAAAUCUGCCCCAACCAGAGGAUUCGAUUACAAUUUCAAUAGUGACGGCAGCACCGCCCAAGUCUCGGCCACGGCCAUCACUUUCCAAGACCACCAACGCCAGUUACUCCCGCAAUACCGAGACAUCCCCCUCAAUACGGGGCGACGCCAUGACACAGCAACAUUCGAAAACCGAACUUGAAGAGAGCCAGAGCAAGAGUCACAGCGAAAGCUGGCAACUUGACGAACCGCAUCCAGAACCAUUGCCAAAUCCGCCGCCAUUACAGCAACCACAGCCGCCACGAGAACAAACGGCGCCCACCGGAGACGAGUCUCUGCCUUCAGAAAGCUUAGCAGCAGCCGCACAUUCGUCGUUGCACCCAUAUCCGACACCGCCAGCGUCCAUACGAGGCGCAGUCGGGACUGGAAGCGGUGGUAGCGGGGGAGGAGCGGCAGGGGUAGCAAAGGAAGGCACAGAAGCAGUCUCUACCAAAAACGGCGCCGGGGCACCGGGUGCUGCGGGCAGCACCAUUUCCAAUCCGUGGGACGUCCCGUGGACUUUUCGUAGCCACAAGAAAAGCGUGUCCGAUGUGCUCGAGGCGCGUGGCCGGCAGGAGUCUUCGUCGUCUACUACACCUUUGACCGGCGUUGUCACACCGUCCAGCGUGCUUGCUCGUCACUUUUCUAUCCCUUCUAUUCCGUCCCUUGCUACUCCUUCCUCCACCUCCACCUCCUCCAAUACCCCCGCGUCUACCCGCUCUCCCUCCGUGACCCCAGGCGGUCCGCGUGCCUCCACGGCGCCGGAUACGCCAGCUGGUGUUGGAUCACCAGUGGCCGACGCGUCUGCGCCCGCUGCUGUCUUGCGUUCCGCGUCUGUGAGCCAACUGAAAAAGCUAACAAUGACACGUUUGAAGAGCGGUCAGUCCACACCGACACGGUCGUUAUCUGCUGCCCAGUCUCACGCUACCGAGUCUCAUGCCAGCCCCGCGCCCACGUCUGUCAACGAGAGUACAGCAACAACCAUGAGCCGAGAUGGUGACGAUAGCAGCCGGAGCCGCGCUGCCUCUAUUACUCCGACCUCGCAAGGUGCCCAAGCACCCGCACCCAAGGGCAAGCUCACAAUUAAAAUCACUGAGGCUCGGGGUCUUCGGCGGACACGCGACCCGUAUGUUGUUGCUGUGUUCCAGCGCAGCGAGCUGAUUUCUGGCGGCCCCCGCUCCCCCGAUGACGGCGAGGACGCGGUGCUCCCCGGUGUGGCUAUUAGUAGCAUCCCCAUCCAGCGUCAAGCAAGCGAUAGUGGCCGCCCCAUGGCGAUUCCUAUGCGGAGCCGGCAGAGCAGCAACACAAGCAUCACAGACUAUGGCGCUUUCCGAAACCGUACCGUGCGGCGGUCGCUCACAAACCCCAAAUGGGACGCAGAAGCUGUUUUUGAUGUUGUCGACUCCAACAUGCUGGUUGAUAUCUCCGUUUACGACCAUGUGCAAUCUGGCGAGGAAUUCCUGGGCCACGUCGACUUCCAGGCCAACAGCUCGGAGAAGGAAGGUCCUGUCCGCGGCUGGUUCCCUCUGCGCGGUCACGCUGAUACCAUUGCCGAAAACAUACCCACCGGCGAAGUGUAUGUCGAAGCUUUCUACCAGCGGACCGAGCGCAAGCACUACGGACCGGACGACUUUGAGAUCCUGCGUUUGAUCGGCAAAGGCACGUUUGGCCAAGUGUACCAGGUUCGCAAGAAGGACACACACCGGAUCUAUGCGAUGAAGGUACUCUCCAAGAAGAAGAUUGUACAGAAGAAGGAGGUUGCCCACACCGUCGGUGAGCGCAACAUUCUUGUCCGUACUGCAACGUCGGACUCGCCAUUUAUCGUCGGUCUCAAGUUCUCGUUCCAGACGCCAUCUGACCUGUACCUGGUCACCGACUAUAUGUCUGGUGGUGAGCUCUUCUGGCACUUGCAGAAGGAGGGCCGUUUCGAGGAGGGCCGUGCCAAGUUCUACAUUGCGGAGCUGAUUCUGGCAAUCGAGCAUCUACACAACAACAACAUCGUUUACCGUGAUCUUAAGCCGGAGAACAUUCUGCUGGACGCCAAUGGCCACAUUGCCCUGUGCGACUUUGGGCUGUCGAAGGCCAACCUGACCAAGAACGACACCACCAACACCUUCUGCGGAACGACCGAAUACCUUGCACCGGAAGUCCUGCUGGACGAGGCCGGAUACACGAAGAUGGUCGAUUUCUGGUCGUUGGGUGUGCUCGUGUUCGAAAUGUGUUGUGGAUGGAGCCCUUUCUAUGCCGAGGAUACGCAGCAAAUGUACAAGAACAUUGCUUUUGGCAAGGUCCGGUUCCCGAAGGACACUCUCUCGGCAGAGGGCCGGAGUUUUGUCAAGGGCUUGCUGAACCGCAACCCAAAGCACCGUCUUGGUGCCACCAAAGAUGCCGCCGAAUUGAUGGAACACCCCUUCUUCCGGGACAUCGACUGGGACGCACUGUCGAAGAAGCUGAUCACGCCGCCUUUCAAGCCGAAAUUGAAGUCGGACACGGAUGUGUCGUACUUUGACCCCAUCUUUACCGACGCCAUGGACAAGAGCGGCUCUCUUAACGAGCGCGCCGCUGCUCUGGCCCGUGGUAUCGCCACAUCCACCCCGCUGUCGCCGUCGAUGCAGGCGAACUUCCAGGGCUUCACGUUUGUGGAUGAGAGCGCUCUAGAAGACAACAUGAGGGGCCGUCCGUCGUACAACAAUGACGAUUUUGACGAUGACAUGCACGAUGCUGGCAACUCGUACCACAAUUCACAUGGUGGUCACAAGGACGACGAGUGGGACGAUAUCAACGACAUCGAUCCGAGAAAUGCUAACCGCAUGAGCGGCAUCGUUCGGACAACAACAAACGACGAACACAUGUUUGGGGAUACUCACUUUGACAUGUAG